UAUAGAGUACUGUAUUUGGAUAUUUUAUAAUUUUUGCAUUUCGCAUGCAUUUUGUGCGUUGUGACAAAUUACUAUUUCUUAUAAAUGUACAAAAAUCCGCAGUGUAAUAGUGAUAACCUAAAAUAUAAUAAAGAAUGAUGUUUUGAAAUGGAUGCUGUACCAAAUUGAUUUGAUAGGCCGCAGCCAUUCUUGUUUUCGAGACGUUGGCGGUUGGCAACGACGCUUCCAACGUAUUCCAAGGGAUGAAUCGAAUACUGCAGGUUUUUUUAUUAUUUAUCCACAUAGUGUUAAUUAACAUUUAAAAAGUAGUCGUUUCUAUGCGUUAGAAACUGUAAUUGACUGGCCAAGUAAUAACAGUUUAGAAAGUAUGCGGCCGGAUUCACGUAGCGUUUCGUUCACGUUUCACCGGGAAGUUCUGAAUGUCAAAAAUUCACCGGAGAUCACGAAAAAACUGAGACGGCGCCUCCAGGAUCGUUUCGAGAAGGAAAAGCCCGGAGAUUCUUGUAAGGAGAAAAUGUCAAAAGAUAAGCAAACAGGUGACCGUAGCUGGAACAAUUUAAGUCUUGGAAAUAUGUCAGCGGAUUCUAGACGUGCUCUGCGAAGCGGAGCCGAAAAGUUAUCAAAAACUAUAUCUUCUGUACGUACAACUUUUGGAACUAUUUCACAGAAGUUUAAGAGUUCCACACGUAGACGUCAAAGACUGGAGGAGCAACAAUCUCCAAAUAGCAUUUGUAAAAUGCAAACUCCCCAGACGCGUUCUCGCCAGCUCCUUGGUAGAACACCAACAAAGCUUUAUAGUCCUUUUGGCAUAGAAUCUCCAAGACAUGCGUGGAACAAAGAGAACAAUGAAACACCGGUGCAUACUCCUCCAGGAAUGAAUACACGAUAUAUCCAAUGUAGGCCAUUCCGUUUCACCAGAGCUAAAGGAUUCUCUAUGUUGAGAUAAAAUCUCCUUCUUUAGUUAUUCUUUUCUUAAAUGUUACUUGAAUGAUCUCUUUAAUUCCCAGCAAUGUAUUCAGGAUUGUGUGCCUUGUGCAACGUACAAGAAUGAAUUAUUUAUUCAAUUUUAAUUAAGCUAGUGAUCUACUUUGACAUAUUUGUAUCUCUCUAACAUGUUAUCUAUGAUAUCAAACUGCUUUACAUGUACAUGUAAUGUAUAAUCUAUUUAUACUUUUUUAUACAUAUUUAUAUUGAUAAUUAUUAUUACUGCAAUAUCGAAUAAAGAAGAAGCAUAAGGAACUCUUUAA